AUGAGCUUACCCUCGUCAAAUACUACUACAGCCUCAUGCCCUCCCAUCCCAGAUAUCGCAGCACUGGUAGACGAAUGGAGUCAAUCUGCCAACAGCGCGAUUACCUUCCUCAUGAUAGAGGCGACUAUGGGUGCCGCCGAAUUCGUCAUGCUUCUCUGUCUUCUGUUCUUCUCUACCCGAGCCACCCGACAGAAACCGAUCUUCACGUUGAACCUCAUCACUAUCCUUCUCGGCCUCGCUCAAGCAACGAAUAGUCUAUACGCUCCUAUCCAUGCAUUGACGCAUCCCCUCUCCGCUAUUUCUUCUGGGAGCCUGAUAACAACAGCAGCCUUGUCUGGACUCGUACCUGCUUACGUCGACCUCAGCCUUCUCCUCCGCCUCCGCGCCGUCUUCCCGCCACAUCAUUACCUCUGGAUCCUCGGCAUCCCGUUACUUCUCAACACAGGCCGCCUCGCGAACGCCAUUGUCUACACAGUACAGUUCGCUCGAGCCGUGAAGAAUGGAGUCGGCGGCAUCGACAUGCUCGGGCCCUUCGUCAAUGCCAAUCGCGCAAGUUUCGAGGUCGAGCUGGUGUGCCAGAUUGUCGCGGACAUGUGGGCUUCAGGGUUGUUCUUGAGUCGAUUCUGUGGAUUGCCGUCGCUGUGGCCGUCCACGGGCUCAAACCUCUCGCGCAAACUCGCGACGCUCUUCUGGCUCUCCGCGACGAGCUUCGUGCUUCCGGUUCUGCUGAGCAUAGCAGAGCUUAUAACAUACUUUGUAUCGCACUAUGACGCCGUCGCCUACAUUCAGCAAGUGAACUACCACUUCACGGUCAUAUCCGUCGUGUUUGCCACCGUAUGGGCUUUCGAGGAGACGUGGCAAGACGAGAGGGACACGUGGACGAGAGAUAGGGCACGAAAGAUGAAGGGGUUGCGUGAGGAGAUGGGACUAGAUUCCUCGGGAGGACACGGGGAUGAGACGAGAAGGAUGACGGUGCGGUCGGUCGUCUUCGAUAUCUGCCCUCAGCCCCCGUCGUCGGUCGGGACUGCGUUUUGA